UCUUCUCUCUCUCUCUCUCUCUCUCUCUCUCUGCUUUCAGUUUCCUCAUCCAUUUAUACUGACCCUUUUCAGUUUUAGCUCGUAUGGCUGAGUCACGGGACGAUCCCGAGUUCUAUCUCCCAACCCACUUCCUAACAGACGACGUCGUUCUGCACAACAUGGACGACAACAGCUUCCACCAAAACGGCGUCGGAUCAGUCGCCCGGUUCCCCACCGAGUUCCCGUACGAGUUCGAUUCCUCCGACUCUAACUCAGCCCUCAGCUCGGCUGUCGAGUCCGUGGUCGGCUCCACUGAGACUGAGAGCAGCGACGAAGAGGACUUCCUCUCCGGGUUGACUCGCCGCCUCGCUCAGUCUUCGCUGCAGCAGACUCGCCGCCUCUCAACCCAGGUGGUUUGGGCAUUUCGUCGAACAGGUGCUGUGCAUCUCGUUUCUGAAGCAGAGGUGCAAUUCCAGCUCUUGUAAUGGACUUCUCUGGCGACCGGAGGUGCAGGUGCACCUCCUUGCGCCUGCACAGGUCCGCCACUGUGUGUAAUAUUUCACGGCUUCCCUUAAAGUUUCUUCUGUUUCUUUUUUGUGUUCUUUUGGGCAACCCUCCACCUAAAGUUAAGUUUAAAACUUUUGACCCUAUAAAAUAUCUCAUCCAUCACCCUACUUUUUUGAAGCCCUUUUUUUUCUCUCCCCCUCUCCCUUCUCUCUGUGUCUCUGCUGCACCCAUUUACUAAAUUUAUUUUUUGAUUCUAUAGAUUGAGCUUGAUAUAGUUAGGACUAGUUUGAUAUUGUUGUACUGUGAAAAUAAUCAUUGUCAGAUUUGCUAUGAGAGAAAUCAGCUGGGGGAGAAAGCAGUUUGACGUUUGGUAAACUU